AUGACCGUCACCGAACUCGCGCUACUGCGCCUCAACUCUGGCGCAUCCUUCGACGACCCCACGUUGCGCGCGAACCUCCAGAAAGCCAAGAAGGCUAUGGAGGACUUCACGCGUCUUCCCUUCCACUACUUCGUUCAAAUCGAAGACCCGUCCUACUUCUACAUUGUCGGUUCCUGGCCGUCGGCCAAGCAGCACUUUGAAGAAUGGAUCCCCUCGCCGGCAAACCAAGAGGUCCUCGAGCUGCUCAAAGAUCAGAUCAACGUCGAAUUCAUGUUCCACCUUGACGUCGAGAGUGCAUGUCUGCCCCUCGAUGCUCCAGUCGUCGCAAUUGGCAGGCAUUUCAUCGCAUCAGACAAGCGCACCAGCUUCUCGAAGGUAUUCAGUGCUGCGAAACACAUUGUCGAGAACUUCACUGCGCCUAAGAAGGUUGCUGGGGGGUGGAGAGUCGAGAAGGAGGCCGAGGAGAAAGAGGAAUGGGUACUCUUCACAGGCUGGGAUGGCGUUGCUCAACACGGCGAGUUUGGGAGGUCAGCAUCGUUUCAGGAAUAUGUCAAGAUCAAGGAUUUUGUGAGUGGGUUCGACGUUAAACACGCGGGGAGACUUGAAUUCUCACAAAACUCGCGCCGUCGCUCGUUCCUCCCGAACACCAACUGGAAGCGCCGAGUCCUGACCUCUCCCGCUCCUGGCCCUUCUCGUUCCUUUCCCUGCUCGCUGAGUGCAGCCAAGAUGAACUCAACGACAGCUGCUUUCGCCAAUCCGGCGCCCGCCGACACGUACUGGGCCCAGUUCGAGGAGGUUUCCAAGUACAAUGUCUCCCUCAACUACUUCGAGCGCCUCUGGCUCGCGUGGUACACCUACAUGAACAACGAUGUUCUGGCCACCGGCAUCAUGUCCUUCGUCAUGCACGAGGCCGUCUACUUUGGCCGCUCGCUCCCGUGGAUUUUCAUCGACGCCAUCCCUUUCUUCAACAAGUACAAGAUCCAGGCUGCCAAGAUUCCCACCGCUAAGGAGCAGUGGCAGUGCGCCGCCCUGGUGCUGCUGAGCCACUUUACCGUCGAGCUUCCCCAGAUCUGGCUCUUCCACCCCAUGGCCCAGUUCUUUGGUCUCGAAACUAGCGUUCCUUUCCCGUCGCCGCUGAAGAUGGCCUACCAGAUCGCCAUUUUCUUCGUCCUGGAGGAUACCUGGCACUACUGGACCCACCGCGCCAUGCACGUCUUCCCCUUCCUGUACAAGAACAUCCACAAGAUCCAUCACCACUACUCGGCUCCUUUUGGCCUUGCCGCCGAGUACGCGUCGCCCAUUGAGGUCCUUGUCCUUGGUCUCGGCACUGUUGGCUCCCCCAUUCUCUACUGUGCCAUUACCAAGGAUCUCCACAUCCUGACCAUGUACGUGUGGAUCGUCGCUCGCCUUUUCCAGGCCAUCGACGCCCACAGCGGCUACGAGUUCCCCUGGAGCCUCCACCACUUCCUGCCCUUCUGGGCCGGUGCCGAUCACCACGACACCCACCACGAGCGUUUCAUUGGCAACUACGCUAGCAGCUUCCGCUGGUGGGACUAUGUCCUUGAUACCGAGUCUGGUCCCGAGGCUGCCAAGAGAAGGCGUGAGCGCAGGCUCGCUAAGGCCAAGAAGGCUCAGUAA